UGGCGACUCGGCUGCUUCAGAGGCUGCUCAGGAGCCACCUCCUCCUCCUCCUCCACUCGCUGCCACGGAGCUACAGCAGCACAGCUCAGCAAAGAAGUACAGUUCUGGGACUGGAUGGCCAUCAUUCUCUGAGGCUUAUGGUGCUUGUGGCAGAGAUGAGAGUAACACCAACAUCAUGAGACAACAGGAUAACUCCUUGGGAUCCACUAGAACUGAAGUUGUCUGCAAACAGAUACUUGCCCACUGGUCAGAUAUGAUUACUUCAGGUGGUAUUUCUCAUCUCUCUUCCACCAACACAACUCAGCAGUGAAUUCCUCAUAGAGGUUUCUUGAUUCAGGACUGCACCAUAGGUACCAUCAUCAUGCUGGUCCCUGGCUGCACAGUGAGGAUGCAGAACUGAACUCUGUACUGAAGGUGUAGCCUCACCAGUGCUGAGGACAGUGUGACAAUCCCUGCCUUGUAUGGAGAACGUGGAAGUGUCAAGUAUAUUUCAUUUCUACAGGCUUGGUGAGUGCUAGAAGAUAGAUAAAAUAGGGAGACCCAAACCCCACCUAAUUACAGAAUCAUAAUAACCUGACAAUAUGUAUGGUAUCUCCAGAGCUCUGGUAUCACUUGUGUGUUUCAGAAUCUGAAAACAAAACUCAAAGUGGAAAUCUUCUCUGCUGGGGGGAAAUAAAUCAGCAUCAAGCCUCAUUGUCAGUCAAGUGAUGCUGCUGUUGCAAACGUCCUCCUUGUACAGCUCUGCAGUUUUCCUUUCUCCUGUGCUUCCUCCAAGAGAGCUCCAUGAUUUUGUAACUUCUAAAACCAUCACACAAAGACAGGGAUCACUACAGCCAGCCCGAACCAGAACAACACAAAGGCCACCAGAAGUGUGGAGCAGCAUGGAUGAAGCAGACACCUGCUGCUGCAAGUUCAUCUGGUGUCAUAGCUGGUGAUGGUGACACUGUCAUCAGAGGGGCCUGCUGUGUCUGCGCUGCAUUGUCAUCUGCCACACAGAGAUGCCCUUCCAUCACCUGCUGCCAUUGCCUGACCAAGAUCAUAGUAUCAUAGAAUUGUUUGGGUUGAAAAAGACCUCUGAGAUCACUGAAUCCAACCACCAACCCAACACCACCAUGGUCAUUAAACCAUGUUCUGCAAUGCCAUACCCACAUGUUGAACACCUCCAGGGAUGGUGACUCCACCACCUCCUUGGGCAGCCUGUUCCAAUGCCUGACCACUCUUGCAGGAAAGAAAUCUUUUCUCAUAUACUGCAUCACAAGAGGAGGAGACAUAAAUAUCAACAGCUCUGAUUAGAGACAUAAAAUCAGUUCCUGUGAACACAUCAUCUUGGGAGAUAAACUCAAAUGUACAAUGAGAGAUGUCACACGGACUCUGAACAUGAGUCAACGCUGUGCUCAGGUGGUGAAGAAGGCAAACAGCAUCCUGGCCUGGCCUGUAUCAGGGGAAGUGUGGCCAUCAGGAGUAAGGAAAUUAUUAUCUCCCCUGUACUCAGCACUGGUAAGGCCACACCUUGAGUACCAGGUCAAGGUUUGAGGUCCUCACCACUAGAAAGACAUUCAGGUGCUGAAAUGGGUCCAGAGAAGGACAACAAAGCUGGUGAAGGGCCCUGAACCCAAGGCUUGUAAGGAGCAUCUGGGGGAAGUGGGGUUCUCUACAACUCCUUGAAAGGAGGUUGCAGUGAGGUGGGUGUUGGUCUCUUCUCCCUAGUAUGAAGUAAUAGAACAAAAAGAUAUGGCCUGAAAUUAUGCCAAGGGAGGUUUAGAUUGGAGUUUAAGGAAAAUUGCUUUCUGGAACAGGCUGCCCAGGUGGAGUCGCCAUGCUUGGAGCUGUCCACAAAAUGUGUGGACACUGCACUUCAGGAUGUGGUUUAAUGGCCAUAGUGGUCCUUGGUCAAUAGCUGAACUCAGUGAUCUUAGACAUCUUUUCCAUCCAAGGAAAUUCUAUGGUUCUAUGCUGCAAAUCAUCUGGAUUCCCUUUAAACUCAUAGACAACCUAGUCUCAUCUGAUCAGAACAAGAGAAGAAAAGAGCCUGUUCCCAGAGCAAAACUAAGACUUUGCCACCACAGAUCAUCUCCAGUAUGAAGUGUACUCAGGAGGCAGCCUGCCUGAAAAGAAGCUGCAAAAGUCUCUUUACUCACUGCUCCUGAGCAUGUUUGCUUCUUUUGCUCACAGAAUCAUAGACUCAUAGAAUAGGCUGGGUUGGAAGAGACCUCCAAAGGUCAUCUAGUCCAACCCCCUCUACAGUAAGCAGGGGUCUUCAACCUUGGCCCUACUGUGUAAAAGAAAUGAGUCCUGUCAUCACCCAACUGAACUGCUGCUUCUUCCACUCACUUGAUGACUCUUCACUGUGCAGUGAAGUGUUUUAAACCACACUCCUGUGUCUGCCCCUCCUCCUGCUAUACCCAAGUAACGAUCUGAAGUACCACCACUCUCAUGGCAUGUCAUGCAAUGCUGAGUACCGCAGCAACCUCGUGGAUUCCACAGCCUUUUACACACAAAUGGUGCCUACCCCCAGCCCUUCGAGGGCCACAUGUCACAGAAUAGGAAGCUGAGGGACAGCUGUGAGAAGUGACUCUCCCACAGUCCCCUGGGGCAGGGAACUCUGAUUACAGAAGGGGUUCUCAAAAGCUCUCCAAGUGUGAGCUGCUGCCAAAAUGCACAAAGGCAAAGUGGUUUAAAAGCAGAGAUCUUUAUUGAAGAAGUGCCCAGGUUUUUUCAAGACUCAAAGAAUUUGUCUCAGGGCAGGUGUGUCCAUGGGGACUGGCUUCAGCAGGGCAGAGGAAUGUGUGUGGAAGAGAUUGGCAGCUUGCCAUAGGGCAGAAGAAAGAUAAAUUUAUGCCCAUUUUACUGUCUUCUUUUGGUUGUUUUGUUGUUGUUGUGGUUGUUGGGGUUUUGUUUUGUUGUGGGUUUUUUUUUCUUUGUUCUGUGGUAUGCUUCCUCUCUCCCCUUCAAAAAUCCCUUUGUCAUAUCCCCUGGGCUCUGGCUUUCUCGACUGCACUCACCCUUACCUUAUGCCUGAAGCCUCCUAGUUCUCUAUACACCAAGUCUGCUUCCCUUGGUGCCAGGGAUAUGAUCAAGCCCACAGUCCUGUGCCCACAUCUGAGUCAGCAGCUGGCCUGCAGGCUCUGGGGAGGUUGGCAGAGCAGGCACCAGCUGUGCUCACACAGUUCACCUCCUUUGUGUGCAUAGGUCAACAGCAUUUACAAAGUGACUUCCAGAAAAACUUGUUAGGGACAGAGGAGCUGCCCCAGAAAUCAGGAAAAAGAAACUAAGGAAGUCAUCAGGAAUGCUCAAGAAGCCUGUUUAGUUCUGGAAACAAAGACCAUGCUGCCCUGGCACAUUACUGAUGUAGAUGUGGAAGCAUAGGCCACAGCCACGUCAUCUGCAGGGUCAUUUUAUGGAAGAUCAGAAGAUGGAGACAGACAUUCCAUGACAGGAGGAAGGAACAGGAAAGAACAGCAAAGUAUUUUGCACAAUCAUUAGGAAAGGAGGUAAAGGCAGCACAGAAGAAGGUGCUGGAGUCAAAGAUGAACAAGGACAAUUUGUGUAUUCCUUUCCAGGAGUCAGCACUGAAGGAUGAGGACACAGCUGGUGGACUGAAAGCAUGUAGAGGAUGGCAGCAAAAUGCUGAGUGUGAGCUCUCAGGAAUGGGGCAGCUGAGACUGAUCCCUCCUGGUGUGCCAGGCUCUUGGGGACAGCUCUGACAGGGCCAUGAGAUGCCUGUGCAUUUUCUUGGGUUACUGAAGGAGAAAACCUUGUGAAGAGCUAGGAUCUAAGCAGAACUAGAAGCAGGUGUUCAUGCUUGGGAAGCUCAGGAGGUUGACCAGACUGUUAAUCAGAAUACCAGGUGCAAAAUGAACCUUCACACAUUCCCUGCCCCUAGAAUGACCCUACUCCCAAUCCAGAAAACGUUACCUCCCUGUUUCAGGCUUUCCAUUACCUCUUAGUCCUGGGCCUCUCCUGAAUGCACUUAAGUAUUCAUGGGUCCAUUAUGAGCAAAGGUCAUUAAAGCUUCUUAUGUACAAUAUGUCUAGCUGGAGUUUCCUUAGGCCCCCAGAGAAGGAAGAAAAGAGCCUCCAUGACACUUCUCCUUGGCAAUAGCCCGAACAGCCUCUGCCUCUGGGCUUGGUCUGUAAGAAGGGCGUUUGCCAAAACUGGAUCACAUGUAACUUUCUAUGACCUUGUAGCCUUCGCUUUACUUUUAUGAAUGAAUCUCUGUUAAAAGCAGGGGGUAAAUGUUUUUCCUUUGUCCCUCUUUCAGUUUACAAAUUUGUCUUCUCCUACAGCCAGCUGUUAAAAGAUUGGUUCUGCCCCUGCUUUCACCUUUCCUGUUUUAUCAGCUGAGACGUCAAACUGAGGGCCUGACCACUCGGUGUUAAAGAUCCAUGGCUCUUUUUGUAAGGCAAGUGGCCUGGCCAACUCUAGACUCUAAAUGCUGCCUUGUCUUACAGUUUUAGUUAGCCUCUCACACCCUAAAUUGCAAUGAACAGCUUCUCUGUCCUAGUGCAGGGGUGACAGCAGUUAAGCAAUAGGUGAAAGGAACUGCGCACUUCUGACGCAUGAGCACCGCUGAGAGGCUUGGUUUGUUCAGCUCUUGCAAAUUGUUUGACAUGCACAGAUGAAGAGGGCUGCAGGCAUGCUUGUGAUGGUUGAUUGUAUGGGUCCUGUUGCUAUUCUCAUUUCUACUACCCCCUGUGCCAAUUUAUCUUCUUUUCUGCAAGGUUUCACCUUCUUGCUCUGCAUCUGCUUCAAGAAUAGCAGAAAUUGCCAAUAAAAAAACAUAAUUGCAGAUGAAUCACUCCAAGGAGAUAGGGUAAAGGUCCUCCACACAUCAUGGUAUUUAACUGAGCCCAUUAAGCACCUCUCCACAACUAUCUACUGCUGAUCAGAGGUGUUCAGCUGUGCUUGUGAUGAUUUCCCAGCCUGUGACAACCACAGCAGAGAACUAUCUGUGAUGAGAAUGGUUCUUCUGAUUGAAGAAGGACAAAUUUGUUUGGACCACAGAGGGUUAGAGGCAGCUUGUGGAUGAUGGAGAGAUGUGAUGUAAACAGGAUGCUGAAGCUGAGAUACUCCAUAGCAGGAAGACCUCAUGGGAUGAGAAGUAGCUCAUGGUGGGAAUCAGUGCUCGUUGUCUGGUACCAGCCUCAGUCUUCACACCAAAUCCGGACUGACUGAAGAGCAUCCUCCAGCCCUGUCCACAGCCAGAAGCCAUCAAGCCACCGAGGCAGCAGCACAGCAAAUGGGAAGUGCCAUUAUUAGCAAGGACGGGCAGGAAUGCAGGUUUCAGCCGCUUCCAGGGCUGCCGUAGCCGUACCACAGUGUUCUGGGCACAGCUGUGCCUUGGUGACCCCGGUUUUUGGGCGGGAAUUGAACCCUCGGUGGUGUGACACACAGCACGGCUUACCCAGCGGCCCCGCAGCCAGCUGCCGGCCCAGCCCCGGGGUCAGGGCGGCUUCGGUGGGCGCAGAGGCCCCGAGGCCGGGGCCGCCGUGGCAGCCAUGGCGCAGCAGCCCCAGCGCCAGGCUGAGCGGGAGCCGCGAGGCGGCGGCGCCAUCCCGGGGCCGCCCCCGGCAGCACCGUUUCCCUGCGCCGCCACAAGAUGGCGGCAGAGCCCUGAGGCCUGGCGCUCUGCGGCUGCCGCCGCCCGCCCGGCCUUUCCCGGGGGCCACCGCCAAAAGCUGGGGAGCUGGCGUGGGAAAAGCCGGGAUAAAGCGUUGUGUUGCGGGCCUGGGGCAUGUCUCUGGCCAUGUUCAACAGAAACAUGGUUGAUCGGUCCAGUUUUGGCCUCCCCGGCUCAAGAAGGCCAAGGCCCAGCCGGGAGUCCCUAAGUUGCUGAGGGGCCUUGAGCCUCGAAGGAGAGGCUGAGAGACCUGAGGCUCUGUGGCCCGGAGGAGAGCAGACUGAGAGGGGAUCUCAUCAGUGCUGCCCAACAGCUAAAAGGCCAGUGUCAGGAGGAUGGAGCCAGACGCUUCUCAGUGGUGUCCUGUGACAGCACAAGGGGCAGUGGACACGCACUGGAACACAGGAGGUGCCACAUAAACAGGAGGGAAGAAAGUCUUCGCUUUGAGAGUGCUGGGGCACUGGAACAGGCUGCCCAGAGAAGCUGCUGGAGUCUGCUUCUCUGGAGGCACUCAAACCCCACUUGGACACCUUCCUGUGUGAUUUGCUCCAGAUGAUCUUGGAUAGUCCUGCUCUAGCAGGGAAUUUGGAGUAGAUGAUCUUCAGAGGCUACGUCCAGCCCUCAGCAGUCUGUGACUCUCGGCAGGCAGGUACGCCACAGUUUCCUUACGAAUAAGUCACACUUUGUCCUGGCAGCUCAAGCUCUAGGCACAGUUUUGUUUAUAAUCUUCAGAGGUGUCUGUAGCAUUGGUCUCUGGAGUUUGAAGGUGAAGGCUGGCCAUGCUAUCUCUGCCUUCUCUGCUCCUCUGCUGGCAUUUUGUUGGGAGACAGUAGGUAAAGCUUGGGUAGGGGACUGGAAAAAGAAGCGAAAGGAGAUGACAGCUCUGGGCAGCUGGAAAUGAGGUGCUGAGGGCAGGAGCAGGAAGGAAUGAGGCACUCACUAAUGUGAGGUGGUGUGGACAGGGGCUUCAGCAGGUAAGUAGGGUCAGUGAGGGAAGAGAUUGGGGUCAUAACAUCUCUGAGCUUUCAGGGGAGUGUCUUUAUAACUCAAGCUGUCAUUGUCACCAUUACACUUCAAAGCAAUGGAGAUAUGCUCACCAAGUGAACUGAAUUUGCAUUUGGUAAUGGGAAAGAAAUGGUGAUGCUGCAGCCAAAAGUACACCUUAAAAUGUAUUAUUGUCCCUCAACCACUGUUCCUAAACAAUUGCAGAUCCCAAGAAACCAAAAUACAGAGAAGCAGCAUCUCUGCCCUUUAAAGAAAGGACAAUCUGGCAUGUGAAAUACCAGGCAGAAGCUCUGGGAAUGCAGGAGCUCAGCCGUGAAGACCUGCAGAGGAUUUGCAAUGAAUGUUGGCAUGGCAUAAGGAGGGCACUGAUUUCACACUCAUUCCCCUAAGCCUCUGUGUGCCAGCUCUUGCUGCCCAGUCCCACAGCCCUAAUUAAGGGAUUCCCACUGCCCACCAACAGGUGCAGCCCCACCCAAACAAGGCUGCAGACAAAAGAUUACAAAUCAGGGCUAAAUCCCUCUACUGUACAUUGCAGUGGUGAGCAGGGGACAGGUGGCCUAGGGUAAUUCGGGUUCAGUCCUCAUGCUAGGGUGGGAAACUGCAGCAGCUCGUGUGGAUCUGGACUAUCACAGGAUAACUCCUUGUGGGCUCUGUUGAUGGGAAGCGGAUGGAAGCACGGAUUAAAUCAAACAGCUUGUAAGAUACUGGCAGUGGAAUUAUUCUCAUAAAUUUCUGACAGCUUGCAAAUAAAGGCACAUCUCCCUUGGAGAUGAAGGAGAAGCUGCCUCCUCCAGCUUCCCCCUCCUCACCAGUAUGUUCAUUGAGCUAUAACUGCUCAUAAAGAUCUGAUAGCUCAGGUGAACAUGAGUGUAUGUGUGCAGUGGAUAUACAGUGGCUGUAUCUUUGGGACUUGCUAUGUCCAGAAGAGGUCUUGAACGUUUUGGUAACU